GACGAUUUCAGGGCGAGAGGAUGUCCGGCCCGGCUGUCUUCAAGUCCACCACCUUGAAAUGGAAAGAGACCCUGCUGAGCCGGAAGAGGCCCUUCGUGGGGCGCUGCUGCUAUGUGUGCACCCCCCAGAGCCGGGAUAAGUUCUACAACCCCAGCAUCCCCUCGCUAGGUCUGCGGAAUGUCAUCUACAUCAACGAGACGCACACGAGGCUGACGGGCUGGGUGCUCCUGAAACUCUUCAAUGGUUUCUUCCUGAACAUUCAGAUCCACAAGGGGCAGCUGGAGAUGGUAAAGAAAGCGGCCACAGAGGUAGGUCCGCCCCUCGGCGUCUACAAUCUGGUGAUCCCGGAACACGCCUGCUCAGUAUCCUGGGACACUGGGACACUGCCCACUCUGAUUCGCUUGCUGGGCGGGUUCUUCAUACGGCGUAAACUUGAUGAGACUUCAGAUGGCAAAAAAGACGUUCUGUACAGAUCCUUGUUACACGGGUACAUCCAGCAGCUCCUUUGCAAGCACCAGUUCCUGGAGAUCUUCCUGGAAGGAACGCGCUCCCGUAGCGGCAAGACCUCGUGCGGAAGGGCCGGCCUCCUCUCCGUCAUCGUGGACACGCUCUGCGACAGCUCUGUGCCCGAUGUCCUCGUCAUCCCCGUGGGGAUAUCUUAUGACCGUAUCAUUGAGGGUCAUUAUAAUGGGGAGCAGCUGGGAAAGCCGAAGACAGACGAGAGUCUAUGGAGCGUGGCCAGGGGAGUGUUUAGGAUGCUGCGCAAAAACUACGGCUGCGUCCGAGUGGACUUCGCUCAGCCCUUCUCUCUGAAGGAAUAUCUGGAGAACCAGAGGCAGAAGCCAUCGCCCGCACCUCUCCGCUUAGACCAAGCGCUGCUGCCCGCCAUCCUCUCAUCCAGAGCCACGGACGCCGUGACUGAGAACGUUCUAAUUUCUAAUCCCGACCUGAAGAUGGACGGACCAAUCAGGAGGCAGAUCAUCUCCAGUCUGGCCAAUCAUGUCCUGUUUACUGCAGAUCAGUGCUGCGCUGUAAUGUCAACACACAUAGUGGCCUGCCUUCUCCUAUACCGCUAUCGGGAGGGUGUCAGCCUGUCCCUUCUGGUGGAGGAUUUCUUCUCUAUGAAGGAGGAGGUCCUGGCUCGGGAUUUUGAUCUGGGGUUUUCAGGAAGCUGCGAAGAUGUGGUCAUGCACGCCAUCCACCUGUUGGGCAAUACCGUGAACAUCACCCACACCGACCCCGGCAAUGAGUUCUUCAUCGCGCCCAACACCAACAUCCCGGCCGUCUUCGAGCUGAACUUCUACAGCAACGGCGUCCUCCAUGUCUACCUCACUGAGGCCAUUGUGGCCUGCGCGUUACAUGUUGAGCUAAGCCGGCGGAGGUCAGACGGGACCAUGGGAGCCGCGGAUGGAACGCUCAGCCAAGAGAGACUCCUCCGCACCGCUACGGCCUUGUGUUACCUCCUCUCCAACGAAGGAACGAUCGCUCUGUCCUGUCAGAUGUUCUACCAGGUUUGUCAUGAGGCUGUCCAGCGCCUGGUCACCUACGGGAUAUUCUUGGUAGCCGAGGAUGACCAGGAGGAUGCCAGUCCAGGUCUUUCAGAGCCCACAUGGGGCAGCAAGAUCCCGGAUCGUGUGCAGUGGAGGAGUGAUGAGGAAGAUGAAGACAGCGACUUCGGAGAGGAGCAAAGAGACCGAUAUCUGAAGGUCAGCCCAACACCGAACCAUCAGCAGUUCCUGUCCUUCCUGCAGAGGCUUCUGGGUCCCAUCCUGGAGGCCUACAGCUCCGCCGCUUCCUACAUCUACGGCAUCAGUGACCGUGUCUCGGAGAGAGAGCUAACCCAGAACCUGCAGAAGUACCUUCUGGCCAGGACGGAGCGAAGGGUCGCCGUGUACUCGGAGAGCGCCACCUUGUGUCUCGCAAGAAAUGCUGUGAAGACCUUUGUAGACCUCGGGGUGUUCCAGGUCUGCAAGGAGAACCGCGACAGGGUUCUAGAACUCGGCAGCACGUUCCUACCUCAGUGCAACCGUCAAAAGCUCCUGGAGUUCAUCAUCAGCUUCAUGGCCCUGUAGACGCUCGGAGGCCGGCCGCCGUCGCC